AUGAGAACGAUCGCAGCCUCCGUCCCUCUCUCGGGCGACGCGCAAGUGUCGUACGAGGCGCUCACCUCUCGCCUCAAGAAGCUAUCGUCGCUCAAUGAUAUCGAGGGCAUCAUCACGUGGGAUGAGCUGGUCAUGAUGCCCGAGGGCGCCAGUGAGGCAAGGGGCGCGCAGAAAGCGGCACUCGCCGAGCUCGUGCAUCUCCAGGCCACCUCCGCGGCGAUGGGCGAGGCCAUAUCCGCCGCGGAGUCCGCGGGUGCCGCGGAGGGAUGCCCGUGGCGCCGCGCCGUGAUCCGCGAUGCGAGGAGGGACUACAACGAUGCCGUCAGGCUCCCCGCCGAGCUCAAGGCGAAGGAGGCGGAGCUCGGCGCCAAGGGAUACGCGGCGUGGGUCAAGGCGCGGAAGAACGACGAUUGGGCGUCCUUCGCGCCCGUGCUCGAGGAGCUCGUGGCGCUCAGAAAGGAGAUGGCCGCCGCGUGCGCCGACCCCGGGGUCAGCGCGUACGAUUACCUCCUGGACAAGUUCGAGCGGGGGAUGACCGAGGAGAGGCUGACGGAGAUUUUCGGCGAGCUUCGAACGAAGCUCGUGCCCGUCAUUGCCAAGAUCCUGGCGGCGAAGCCCCUCGCGCACCCCCCCGCGCUCGAGUCGGGUACGUUCGCGGAGGAUGCCCAGGAGGCGUUCUGCAAGCACGUUUCCGCCGCUAUGGGCUUCGACUUCGGCACCGGGAGGUUGGACAGGUCCGUGCACCCCUUCACGGGCGGCGCGGGUCCCCACGACGUGAGGAUCACCACCCGGUACGACGAGUCGGUGUUCAUGGACGCGGUCAUGGGAACCGUGCACGAGGUCGGGCACGCGUUGUACGAGCAGGGACUGAACAAGGAGCAGGACGGCCUCCCGGUGCAGCGCGCGCUGUCGAUGGGCAUCCACGAGUCGCAGUCGCUCUUCUGGGAGAGAUACAUCGGUCAGUCCCUGGAGUUCUGGAAAGCGAUGCUGCCCGAGUUUCACGCCAACUUCCCCGAGACGAAGGAUGUUUCCGCGGAUGACCUCUACCGUUUCAUAAACAAAGCGAAGGCGGGUUUCGUCCGCGUCGACGCCGACGAGCUGACGUACAGCAUGCACGUCGUGCUGAGGUUCGAGCUCGAGCGCGCGUUGUUCGGCGGUAAAGUCUCGGUGGCGGAACUUCCGGAUCUGUGGCGCGAAAAGAUGCGGGAGCUCCUCGGCGCGGUUCCCGAGACCGACACCCUCGGGGUGCUCCAGGACGUGCACUGGUCAGACGGGAGCUUCGGUUAUUUCCCCUCGUACACCCUCGGCGCCAUGUACGCGUGCCAGUUUCACGCCAAGGCGAGGGAGGAGAUUGACGGCUUCGACGAGCUCGUCGCGGCGGGCAAGUUCACGCCCAUCCGCGACUGGCUCAGGGAAAAGAUUCACAACGUGGGGUCGCUGUAUCCCUCUGCGGACGAGCUGUGCGAGGCGGUGACCGGCGCUCCUCUGGACCCGAGCAUCUACGUCGAGCACCUCAACAAGAAGUACUCGGCGCUGUACGGCGUCGCGGAGUGA